AUGGCAAAGAUCCUAUCGGGUAUUCCCAGAACACUGAACAAUCGUGAUGAUAUUAUGAUUGGAGGUGUAGAUCUUGCUGACCACGACAAGAACCUGAAGAUAGUGCUGGGACGACUAAAGGACUACAACCUUACGUUAAGACAAGAGAAAUGUGAAUUCCGAAAGUCAACACUUGAAUUCCAUGGCCACUUAUUCACUGCAGAAGGAUUGAAGCCGAGUGCCAGCAAGGUCCAUGCCGUCAACGCCUUCCAGAAACCCAACACCAAAGAAGAAUUGGUAUCAUUUUUACAGAUGGUUGUAUACCUUUCUCGGUACAUCGAUCAAUUCUCAGGUAGAUGCGAGCCUCUAAGAAGACUGACCAAAGCCAACACCAAGUUCGAGUGGGGUCCAGAGCAACAAAGAGCAUUUGACGACCUGAAAACAGCGCUAACAACAGCACCAGUUCUCAUUCCAUAUCAACCAGGAAGAGAAACCUUAGUCAUCGUCGAUGGUAGUCCAGAGGGCCUCGGUGGAGCCGUACUCCAAAAGACAGCAGAUGGAUUUCAACCUGUCCAUUACGUCAGCCGAACACUGACCGAUACAGAGAAACGCUAUUCACAAAUCGAAAGAGAGGCAUUAGCAGCUGAAUUUUCCACAAAUCGACUGCAGAUUUACUUACUCGGAGCACCAAAAUUUAAGCUAGCGACUGACCACAAACCAUUACUGCCGCUUCUCAACAACCCCAAAGCGAAAAUUCCACCACGAAUUGAAAGAAUUAUAAUCAAGAUGCAGAACCUGGAUUUUGAAGCUAUCCACAUACCAGGAAAGAGCAACAUGACCGACUAUUUAUCACAACACCCUCUUCCAGAAACUGGCAAAGACCAUAUUGAGAAACAUGUCAACGCAGCGAUUCAAGCAGAUCACGCCAUAGUCUGGUCGAAAAUCAAGAAAGCCACGGCAGAAGACAAGGAAUUGUGCGAACUGACCGAAACGAUUGAAACCGGAAAUUGGAGUGAAGCAAAGCAGUUCUUGAAACCCUACUACGAAGUCAGAGAUGAACUCUUUGUCGCGGAUGGAUUGAUCAUGCGAAUGGACCGUAUUGUACCACCCCAGUCCCUGAGACAGAGAAUCAUCCAGUCAGCCCACAAGCAAGGACAUCUCGGAGUGAAUAAGACGAAAGAAAUGAUCCGAAGAAAGUACUGGUUUCCUGGAAUGAAUACCAGAAUAACAGAUACGGUACAAACAUGUUUCGACUGCCAGAUUGCUACAGAUCACCACCAUACCGAGCCAGCAAAGAUGACAGAGUUACCAGACCGACCAUGGGAUGUGGUAGAAGCUGAUUUUUGUGGACCACUGCCCAACCACAAAUAUGCACUGGUACUUACCGACCAAUAUUCACGAUAUCCAGAAGUGGAGAUGGUAACAUCUACAUCCACAAUACCAGUGACAAAGAAGUUGAAGAUGAUUUUUUCUACCCAUGGAAUACCUCGAAUACUACAAUCUGAUAACGGUCCACCAUUCAAUGGUGAACAAUUCCAAACCUUUGCUGAAGAAAUGGGAUUUCACCACAAGCGAGUAACACCAAUACAUCCUAAGGCGCAGGGCCAAGUGGAAAAUUUCAAUAAGCUGAUCAACAAAACAACAAAGAUUGCCUGUGAAGAAGGAAUCGAAAUCGAGAGUGCAAUAUAUGAUAUGUUACAAGCAUACAGACGGACAUCCCAUCCGGCAACAAAGUCAACGCCGUACGAGGUUUUGAUGCACCGUCAAGUUCGAACACGAUUGGAACAUUUUCUCACCGAAGUUUACAUCACCCAAGAUGAGGUCAAGAUGAAUGACAAAACGUACAAGCAGAAACGUAAGCAGUACCACGAUAAACGUCACAGAGUGAAAACACAUACAAUCAAGUGCGGUGAUGCCGUUUUGAUAAAGAGAGAGAAGAAAAGGAAGAAGCAUACACCGUACGAGCCGUACAUAUACGUUGUUACAAGCAUAAAAGGAUCAACCAUCCGUGCGAGACGUGUAAAGGAUGGAAAAGUUAAGUGCAGAGAUGCAUCGAAGGUUAAACCACUUAGAACAGCUCAAUUGUCAAAAGCCAACGAUGAAACGGCGAGUGUAAAAGUACCAAGCAGCUACGAAGCCACAACAUCCAGGACGACAUUUCAGGACACAGACAGCAGCAACAUCCGGGACACAACAAGUGAGACUAUAGACACAACAAGUUAG